CCGGUUGUGCCGGAAGUCUCCCUUGGCGGAAGGGGCCGGCUGCUGGGCUCACCUGGCAGAGAAGCGAGCGCGAAGGGGCCGGGAGGGGGGCGCCUGCCAGCCAGCCAAGCCAAGCCCGCCCGCCCAGCCCCGCUUCGCCGAGCCAGGCCUCGGGUCCCGCUCCCCCUCCGCCCGGCCCGCGCGCGGCCCGCCACCCUGGAAGAUGCUGCCUUUGUCCAUCAAGGACGACGAGUACAAGCCGCCCAGGCUCAACCUGCUCCGAAAGCUCUCGGGCUGGUUCAGGUCGAUCCUGUCGGACAAGACGUCAAGAAAUCUCUUCUUUUUCCUCUGCCUCAACCUCUCCUUUGCCUUCGUGGAGCUGCUGUAUGGCAUCUGGAGCAACAGUUUAGGUCUAAUAUCAGAUUCUUUUCACAUGUUCUUUGACUGCACUGCUCUGUUAGCUGGACUGGCAGCGUCAGUAAUUUCAAAGUGGAGAUCAAAUGAUGCCUUUUCUUAUGGGUAUGUUCGAGCAGAGGUACUAGCUGGCUUUGUCAACGGUCUGUUUCUGAUCUUCACAGCCUUCUUCAUUUUCUCUGAAGGUGUCGAGAGAGCCCUUGAACCUCCUGACGUGCAUCAUGAAAGACUUCUUCCAGUUUCUAUACUCGGCUUUCUUGUAAACCUGAUAGGAAUUUUUGUGUUCCAACAUGGAGGACACGGCCACUCUCAUGGUUCUGGGCAUGAACAUAGCCAUUCCCUGUUUAACGGGGCUCUAAGCCACGGGCACAGUCAUGGAGGACACGGGCACAGCCAUGAUUCCAAGCAUGGACAUGGGCAUUCUCAUGACCACAGCCAUGGACAUGGGGAUUCGCAGAGUCAAGAUUACUGCCAUGAUAAUCAUCCCAUUGAAUUGGCUGCAGGAUCUAGCAAACAGAUUUUAGAAGGUGUAUUUUUACAUAUUGUGGCUGACACACUUGGAAGUGUUGGCGUCAUCAUAUCUGCGUUACUGAUGCAGAACUACGGUUUAAUGAUAGCUGAUCCUAUCUGUUCGAUGCUGAUAGCUAUGCUUAUAGGAGUAAGUGUCGUUCCACUUCUGAGAGAGUCCAUUGGAAUUUUGAUGCAGCGAACUCCACCGUCCCUGGAAAGCAGUCUGCCUCAAUGCUAUCAAAGAGUUCAGCAGUUGCAAGGAGUUUACAGUUUACAUGACCCUCAUUUCUGGACCCUUUGUACUGAUGUUUACAUAGGGACUUUGAAACUGUUUGUAGCUCCAGAUGCUGACGCAAAGUGGAUUCUAAGCCAGACUCACAACAUUUUUACUCAGGCUGGAGUGAGGCAGCUCUAUGUACAGAUUGACUUUGCCGCUAUGUAGCAAAUAUCUCGACCGUCUCGUUGGACCAAAGCUUUCUAGUACUGUCAUGAUUUAAAAGACACUGUACUUCCUUUGGAACAGAGACCUGCUCCCGUCUUCUCUACGGUUGUCCAAAACUGAACAGACUCGGCUGCCUUGUGGGCUAGAUAAAGAGAGAAAAACCGAAAAACUGCAUGGCCCUGAACUACUUGGGAUUGACUUUCACGAGCUCCAAACCUUUGUGGAUUUACUGGCCAAGUUUGUUCCUGCAGCAAACUUAAUGAUAAUGUGGUAUUGCAAUCAUUGGUUUUGCUUUUUGUGAAGCUGCUGGAAGUUAUUGCUUAUUCCCAGAAAGCCAGUGUUAACUACAGGGAGGGUGGGUAGAAAAUAAAUUUUUAUUUUUUUCUUAAAAUGUCACAGUGGUUGACAUUCUACAACGUGUAAGACUGUUUGUACUUUGCAAACUUAACGAACCAAACCAUAUUGGGUUUUCAGAGUGCCUUUUCUGUCAAAGUAUCUGCCAGCACAGAUAUUGAACAUCGGGGAUUUUUAUUAUUUUUUAUGGCUACUACUUGUACCCAAUAGGACUCUUGCUUGUGAUUGGUGUGAUUUAUGUGUAAUUGCAUAAUGGUAGAUAUUAGACUCUCUCUCUCUGUUACAUUUUUAAACUUCCAAGGAGGUGAUUCUUCAAUUUUACAAUACAAAGAUAAAAUGAUUAUGCAGAGUUUGUUUACAAAACGUUUGACCACCAGGACGUAAAUCUAGGCUGAUAGCACCUUCGCAUUCUUAACGGUAAUUAGAAAAUAACGAAGCACUCAAAACAAAGGAUGCAUUGCCUCUUUGGUUGACUGAUGCUGGAGGCUUUGACUGGCAGAUUUACUUUAACUGCAGAAUGAAGGUUUGUAUAUGAUAGUCAACAGAUGAUCUGAACUUUUGCUUCACAGUCCAUGUUCAGAAUUAAUUCACAAGCUCUUCAGCCAGAAAUCCACCAGUUCAACUAGUAUAUGCAAUAAAGCCCAUGCAUUAUGUAUACAUUAUCAUGGAAUAUAAUUUGGUUUGUUGAAUCUGAUUGCAUAUUUUGAAAGGUUUUUUUUGCAUUAGAUUUGAAAAUGAGCCAUAGGUUCUUCAGCACUUAAUACCUUAAGAAGGCGAGUCUUCUGAGUGAACUGUGUGGUUCAGCUAAAUAUUGCUUCACAGCCAUCAUUUUUCAUUUUCUGUCUUAACCAAGUUUCUUUUUAAACUUCACCUUGGGCAAUAUAUUUCCUGGGUUUAUCCUGCAAUGCUAGUGUAAUGUAUAAAGGCUUGCUAGGCAACUGUCAGAGUGCUUCAUGACGGAAUAACAAAGAUCUCACAAACGCAUCUCUCGUUUCCAACGUUGAAGCUGAAGUUGGUUGGAAUUGGAAUGUAUGGUAGUAAGCAAGUCCCUUUUUACUAAUCAACAAAGAUGAUCGCACAUAUGUUCAAAUGAAUGAAAAUCACCUGAUUCCGUCCCCCUCAAAAGGACAUUUGCUUGAACAGUUGUGUGUCAAGACAAGUUUGCUUAGAAAAACAAAAGUCGCUGCUAACCGAUGGUUAGAUACCCCCCCCCACACACUUGGCUUAGCUUUAGCUGGAGGGAGAUUUAUUCAUGGCUUUUAAUGAAGUUAGGCAUCAGAAAUGCCUAAAACGGAAUUGUAUUGGUACAUUAGUUUCUAUUUAAAAAGACUGUAACGUGGAAUUUCUGGUUUUUAUGGGAAUAAUCUUUUAAAAUGUAUCUCUUAACUCAGCGUGUGUAUUCCAUUACUUGCCAAUCUUAUUUUUACUUUGCUUGCUAUUAAUUUAGAAAUGCAAGUAUCCGACACAGUCUCUAAUUCAAGGUCUGAAGAUGAGUUCUGGCCCAAUACACUUCUUCAGUAACAUCCAUUCCUUUCCACAAGACGCAUCAGGGCUGCUUCACACAUGAAGAUUCCCAUAUAAUGUGAGAAGUGCACUGUGAGAAACCUACCCCGUGGGUGCAUACGCUGUAGAAAAUGCACGUGCCCUUUUUCCACACGCUAUAGCAAAUUCCAAUUUUUUCCUUUUCAGAGAUACGGUGACCUCUGUAGAUUAAUGUGAAGUGCCAUUGGCUCUGAACCCAUUUCAGUAAAAUGGCUUUUAAUUAAAGGUAAGAAAGAACCCCCAUUUUUUCCCGUGCAUAUUGUCGAUAUUUCAGAACUUUGCUUGUGUCUUCUGUUGAGCACACACUAAAUCAUUGGUUGCGGCUGAACCCGAGAGCCUAGAAAUUGCUCAACCUUUGAGUUGGUGUUAAUUUGCUUCACGCCUUUCCCUAUGGAAGUAGUCCUUUUUGUUCUAACUUCUCUCACCCAAAUGACAAAUACUGAGUUAAAUCAUACUUUGCCAAACACGUGGCUUUGAAAUUUGCUUUUAUCUAACUUUGGCAGCAGUGGUUAAAUUAAUGCACAGCUUUUACACAACUGCCAAAGUGAGAUUCUAGUGCAAUAGGGGUGCUUACCCAAUAAACAUAUGUCCACGUUUCUCUCUAACGAUAAUGUAAGGUCUUCAGUUUAGGGGAGGAGGUUUAUAUUAGUUGGAGCUUGUUGUCAACCAAGCCCUUAAGUUGUAUGAAGUGAAGAAAAAGUGUCCUUUAUACUUUUAGGCUUGGAUGUCGGCACACUACGCAGUCAUAGGAUCGGUCUAGUUUUUGAGUAACGUGUUGUACAACUUUUAAACCACUGCAUAGGUCAGAUGUUGGUACAGAUGGUAGCCAGCUGCCUCGGUGGUGUUCUUACUCCCGAAGCUUUUACAGGAUAAAGGUCGCUUCUAAAAAGGAAAGCUUCCAACUACAUUAAGAUACUGGCAGUCCUGAUUAGUAAAUGAAAUACUGCGUGGUCUAGGGCUUUAGAAUAGUGCAAAGGGUUAAAAACCGAAGAGUGGAUGCUAACUGCAUUUGACUAGGUGAAUGAUACUGGAAUAGAUGUGAGGAAAUGGAGAUUGGAAGUUGGUUAUGCCAGUGCAAAUAAAAGGAGCAUAUUUGAGGGGGAGGGGAAAUGCAGCACGAUUUCAUUCAAAUAUGGCAGUUCAGCUCAAGUUCUUAAACUUGGCUAACCUGGUUCCAUUUUCUACAUUGCUGUCGCAUUGAUUCUUGCUGCCGAAAGUAUUUUUUUGUAUUCCUGCAACAUUUUGUCUGUGUGUGCCCUUUCUAAGUGCUGUUUCCUACCCUGACCUGAUCUUCAGUCUUCUGAUAAUUGCUUUAUACCCUCCAAGAAUUGUAUCUCAUUGACUGAUUAAAUGCUGCCACCAAGCCUCGUGAAAAUGCACAGGCCCACGCCAAGCGUUUGGUUGGAAUUGAAAAUGCCACUGUGGAUAUGGAAUAUUUUAUUUAUUUUCACAGUCCCAUUACCUGAACAGUUCUAAUUUUGGCCUGGGAUCAAUUUUAUGUGGCAAGUGUUUAACAGAAGCAGUGCUCACAUAGUUCACGUCCCAGAGGUAUACCAUAAAAGAACUGAUGGGCAUAGCGAUCUUAUUGCCAAAUUUGUAACUAGUACUUUCAGAUCAGAUAGAAUGGGAAAACAGUGCUGAAACCCCAUUUCCUAACUUGCACAUAAAGUGGGGCUCUGGUGUCAGUCAGCCUGUUGUAUUUCUCAACACGUACCGGUGCAACUGAAGGACUUCACUGUUUCAGUGAAUUCAAACUACAGAUAAUUGACGACUGUGUAUACUGUAAUUGGUUUGGGAAUGCUAAAGCGAGUAGCCAGUCUGACUUGCCGUAAGUGCAAUACUGGACAUUCUAAUGCAUAUUUUUUUCUACUUGAAUACAGUCUCUGGAAUAUUUAAACAGCUAAUAUGUUUGAGACAAUAUUUGGGAUCAAUUUUCCUAUCAAUAAACUUUUCCCUUUUGCAAACA